AUGGGAAGGCCUCCUUGUUGUGAUAAAGCAAAUGUGAAAAGAGGCCCUUGGACUGCUGAGGAAGAUGCAAAAAUUCUUGCUUAUGUAGCCACUCAUGGAAUUGGCAACUGGACUUUGGUCCCUCAGAAAGCAGGUCUCAAUAGGUGUGGAAAAAGCUGUAGGCUCAGAUGGACCAAUUAUCUACGUCCUGAUCUUAAGCAUGACAACUUCACACCUCAAGAAGAAGAGUGCAUUCUUGAGCUUCACAAAACCAUUGGUAGCAGGUGGUCUUUAAUAGCAAAGCAAUUACCUGGGAGAACAGAUAAUGAUGUCAAAAAUUACUGGAACACAAAAUUGAAGAAAAAGCUUGUGAACAUGGGAAUUGAUCCUGUAACACAUAAACCAUUUGCUCAAGUCUUUGCUGAGUAUGGAAAAAUCAGUGGCCUCCCAAUUCAAAAUGCAAGAAAUCAUAUCUGUUUGCCCAACAAUACUACUGAAAUAUCACGGCAAUUUCCAUUCUCAAGUGGAACUCCACAUGAUAAAUUUGUUCACAAGAUUAUGAAUGAUCAGUUACAAGAAAACUACUCCACUCAAAAAUACAGUUUUAGUGAAGUCUCCCCCUUGAUUUCAUCAGCAACUUCUUUUGACCCAACAGUAUUCAGCUCAUCGUCUUCUUACGCUUCCGUGCAAUCUCAGGUUCAUACCACGGCAUGUUCUUCGUCAACAUCUACUUGGAACGAGUUUGUACUUGGAGAUCUGUGUACAUCCACAGAUACAGAGAAAAAACAGGAAUACCAACUCCAAGCUGGGAUAUAUUUGUCAAAGGAUCUGUCAAAUUCAGUUCACAAGGACAAUCCUACUUGUGGAGAAGUGAUUGAAGUUGAGGAAAAGCAAUCAGUUGAAGAAGCCACUUGUUCCUCUGCUGUUGAUUCAUUCGUGGACACUAUCUUGGCUCGCGACAAGCAAAUGCUAAUGGAUUUUCCUUCACUUCUAGAUGUAUAUCUUGAUUAUUGACUCUAGAUAUAGAUGGUGUUACAAUUUCGCGAGUUGGAAUAAAUGUUAAGAGGACUCUUUGCUUUGCCAAUUCCUUUUUCCCCUAUUGCUAGGAGCCUGUUUCGAGUUCCUC